AUGAGGCAACAGAUUGUUUUCUACAGAGACUGUUUAUGCCCUUUAGGAUGGACAAAGACAGGAAUUUGUUUGCUGCAGGAUGGUAAUCAGGAGCCUUUCAAAGUGCGACUGCACCUAGCCAAAGAUAUUUUGAUGAUCCAGGAGCAGGAUGUGAUAUGUGUGUCUGGCGAGCCUUUCUAUUCUGGUGAAAGAACGGUGACCAUUAGAAGACAAACUGUAGGAGGAUUUGGAUUAAGCAUAAAGGGAGGAGCAGAACAUAACAUUCCAGUUGUCAUUUCAAAAAUUUCCAAAGAACAAAGAGCUGAACUUUCAGGACUGCUCUUCAUAGGGGAUGCCAUUCUGCAGAUUAAUGGAAUUAAUGUGAGAAAAUGCAGACAUGAAGAAGUGGUUCAGGUUCUUCGGAAUGCAGGUGAAGAAGUUACCCUAACUGUGUCAUUCCUAAAAAGAGCACCUGCUUUCCUCAAACUGCUGCUGAAUGAAGAUUGUGCAUGUGCUCCAAGUGACCAGAGCAGUGGCACAUCUUCACCUCUUUGUGACAGUGGUUUGCAUCUCAACUACCAUCCUACCAAUACGGAUACAUUAUCAUGUUCAUCAUGGCCAACUUCACCAGGUCUGAGAUGGGAAAAAAGAUGGUGUGACCUUCGUUUAAUUCCCUUACUUCAUUCACGCUUCUCCCAAUACCUCCCUGGAUCAGAUUUGUGUCGGCAGAAUGCAUUUCAAGUUAUUGCUGUGGAUGGGGUUUGCAGUGGAAUUAUUCAGUGUCUCUCUGCUGAAGACUGCAUUGAUUGGCUACAAGCAAUAGCAACAAAUAUUUCAAACCUCACAAAGCACAAUAUUAAAAAAAUCAAUAGGAACUUUCCUGUAAACCAGCAGAUAGUCUACAUGGGCUGGACUGAAGAACGAGAACAAGAUUCCCUUCAAGAUCGGAAGUACACACCAAAGUUUUUAGCACUGAGAGGUUCUUCUCUUUAUAAGUUUCUGGCACCUCCAGUAACCACUUGGGAUUGGACACGAGCAGAAAAAACAUUCUCAGUUUAUGAGAUUAUGUUUAAAAUCUUCAAGGACAGUGAUCUACUGGACCGUCGGAAACACUGCUUUGGAGUCCAAUCAGAAACUGGAGAGGACCUCUACUUUUCAGUGGAGUUAGAGUGUGACCUAGCCCAAUGGGAGAAAGCCUUUCAAACAGCAACUUUUUUAGAAGUUGAAAGGAUACAGUGCAAGACCUAUGCCUGUGUACUGGAAAGUCAUCUAAUGGGACUAACUAUUGACUUUAGUAUGGGAUUUGUCUGCUUUGAUGCUGCAACAAAGGCUGUACUUUGGAGAUAUAAGUUUUCUCAGCUUAAAGGUUCUUCAGAUGACGGCAAAAGCAAAAUCAAAUUUUUGUUUCAGAAUCCAGAUACUAAGCAGAUUGAAGCAAAGGAGCUGGAGUUUUCCAAUCUGUUUGCUGUUCUCCAUUGUAUCCAUUCCUUCUUUGCUGCCAAAGUGGCUUGUUUGGACCCUCUAUAUUUAGGCAAUCAGGCCUCUGCCUCUGCUUCUACUUCUGCCUCCUCUGCUGCUACUGGCAAAGUAAAAUAUACAACCUGA